AUGCGUCAGGACUGGAGUAUCGGAUCAUACAGCAUCAAGGACGGUGACUCCAUCAAUCUUCAGGCGUUGCCAAGUAUCGGAUCAUACAACAUCAAGGAUGGUGACUUCCACGAUAUUCGGGAAUUGGCGCAUGUGCGCGGUGGCAAACCAGUCAUUUAUCUAUACUCGCCCUCCGAUAUUGAUGUCUCUGUCAAGCUCUCCCUCGUUCCUGAGUGGAGCCUCUCUGUCAUCUAUCCCGUUGUUGCCACGCAAGACCAUGGCCAGCGUUUAGAAUGGAAUGUCCGCACCCAUCAAGAUGGAAGUCUGACUGAACAUAAUUCUGGUUUAGAUGUGGCGUACCUAUUCUGGGAGGCGGAGUCAAAUUUGCCCCAUUCACCAGCAUCCGAACCGCAACCAUUGGAUACGUUCAGUCCUAUAUCCAGCAGUCUCAGUGAUACGGAUUCAGUCAUCAUUCCAGUAGACAAAGUGACCGUUUAUCUCGAUAAAUCACUCAAGGCUCUGGGACUUCACACCGAAGCUAGAACAUCAUUCAUAACCUACUGGCUACCCGAUAUCCUCAAGCACGAGUACAUUGCCCUCCGAUUCGUCCCUCAAUCGGCAUACGAACGUGCCGCUUCCUUGAAUAUUUCUCCGCAGCCUGACGUCGUGACUCGCGUAUUCAUGCUGUUCAGAGGUAUCCCAAAGGAGCACUUGGUAAAUUGGUCUAAUGCCCAGAUGCAAGCAGAGAAAGACGUUGCUUGGUGGGUGGAUGUAGUUGGAGUGGAUCUUGCAAGGGCCGGUGAUAUGGCUUUGUUCAGGGUGUUGGAAUGGGGAGGGAUGGAGGUUUUCAUUUGA